AUGAGUCGUGACAUGUUUUCAGUAAUCAUAGCUUCUCUGAAAGUCUUUGAUGAGAGCAGAACACACCUUAAGCAAUUUACACCUCGGAAACCAAACCCACAUGGCCUAAAGAUCUUUGUUUUAGCUAGUAGUGAUGGCCAAGUCCUAGAUUUUGAGUUUUUUCAGGGUAAGGAAGACUUGCUUUUGAAUGUACAAAGAACUGGACUUCAUCUUCCAGAGUGGGGUACCCUUAAGAUAGGAGAAGCUGCAGUCCUAAGAUUUGUAAAGUCAGUCAGUAGAGGUACUAGUUUCUUCUUUGAUAGGUUUUUUACUACACCUAAGCUCUUAGAAAUUCUCUCAUCAUUAGGAAUGGGAGCUACAGGGACAAUGAGAAAACAUUGUGCCAAACAGUGUCGAUUGAAGACUGAGAAUCAGUUAAAGAGAUCCGGCAGAGGUUCCUCUGACUGUGCAAGGUGGUGUAAAAGAGAAAAACGCCACUUAGAAGUGGAACGUCCUAGGGUUGUUGAGCUAUACAACUCAAAGAUGGGGGGCGUUGAUAUUAUUGAUCAGGUCAUUAGCUGUUACAGAAGUGCAACACGUUCUGCAAAAUUUACUGCUCGAGCAAUUUUGCAUCUUUGGACCUCUCUUGCGCAAAUGCAUGAAGUUCUAAAUGAUGACAACAGUGAGUCUGAGAUUUCAGAGGAGCAUGAUGACAUUUCUAGAAAAAGAACAAGGCCCCUUCCUAUUGCUGCAAAGCGUACUAACAGUGCAUGCCAUAUGCCUGAUGCAUUACCCCCUUAUUCCUCUAGAAUGAGAUGUCGAUAUCCAGGUUGUUUCAUUGCGACUUCUGUUUUUUGUCUAAACUUUUAUUUCACGUGCAUGCUAGAGCCCCGAUGGACCAAAUUUGGGCCAAAAUUUAAAGGUCAAUAUCUCUAG